CAACACUUGCCAUGUCGCACUCAUAACUCUUCAUUAAAACACUACACGCAAACACUCGCUUCUACACUGCAGUCAUCUGUUCACCCACUACUAUUUCUGCCGUCAGUCAGAUAAGGUUGUAGUAUGUAUUUCCUCAUGCGAUCAGCUGAGUUAUCGCUCCUCCCAUCCCAACAGUGAAUCUCACCGGACUUCAAGAACACGGAACACGGCGCAGCAGACAUGGCCAUGCUCAAAACAGAGCCUCAAACUGACGUGAUCGAUGCAGAAUACGAGGACUACCUCUGUCCCGUGUGUUUGGAGAUAUUUAUCUCUCCGAUGACCACGGGCUGCGGACAUACAUUCUGUGAAAGCUGUCUUAAGGAGUGCUUGCGGCCUCAGAAACCCGUGUGCGCAGUCUGCAGGUCCGAUCUGCACAAGUGGAAUAAAGCAGAUGAUGUACAACAUAAGAUGAAAAGAUCAAUCGGAAAGUGCAAAGGCUGUAAAAAUGAGGUUCUUUUGUCUGAUAUGAGAAGCCACACGGUGGCAUGCUCUAAAUAUCAAGACUUCAUCAAGGAAGGUAUGAAGGCCCUUUCAAAGAACCAGCCUUCCAUUGUCAGUUCAGUGCCGAACCGUCACACCUUCACCUGUCCCUUCUGUAACAAACAGAACUUUGACCAGGAUGGUCUGGUGGAGCACUGCACCUCGAAGCACGCGCACGACCCGCGUCAAGUGGUUUGUCCGAUAUGUGCCUCAAUGCCCUGGGGUGACCCUAACUACAGGAGCGCCGACUUCUUUCAGCACCUCAGAAUAAGACACGCGUUUUCCUAUGACACUUUUGUGGAUUAUGCUACAGAUGAGCAAACCAUGAUCCAGGAAGCCCUACAGCGCUCUCUCUUGGAAAACUGAUGUGAGGGACGCCUGGAUCUCCAGCUGAACUUAACACAACCAAAAAUCAAUGCGUAUGCUUAAAAGAUGAACAAACUACGUUGGGAUUCAGGGCUAUUCUGUUUUACUGUUCUGCCUAAUGUCAGUCACGCCAGAGUUCCCGAUGGUGUCAUUUUGGUGAUUUGAACUGGGUAUAUUCCAUAUAUUCAUGUAUAAAAUGGUCCCAUGUACAUUCGUAGGUCCAUAUUCUGCCCAUCUAUAAUUACGAAUGAUAUACCUGAUUUGAGUAUAGUUCGCGUAUCAGAUUGUCAGAUUUCGUGCCACUGGAACGAGACGGUCUGAUACAUGAGCUCGUGAAAGAACUGUAAUAAAGCAAACCUUGUCUAGUGUAAAAAUAUUGAUAUUGAAUCAUUAGGUCAUUCUUUUAAUCUUUAGAGUGACAUCUGAUUCGGAGGCAGUUUAGAAGAAGCUUUUUUUUUUUUUUUGGUCGGUUUGCUUUGUUUUGUAUUGUUCUGUUCAGCUGAACCUGAUAGAGGUGUGUUUUGACUUUGAGAUUAGUCUGAAAUUAGUCUGUAUUGCCCAGUAGGGGACAGUAUUGUAUCAUCAGUCCGCCGUAUCGUUUAUCGUCUCUGUACUCUCUGACCUAAGCAGUGCUCGCUAAGUGUAGUGCAGCUGUUGGCAAGUCCAUGGCUUGAUCUGCCUUGUCAACCGAUGGGAUCUGCCCUUAAAGGGACAGUUCACCUAAAAGAGAAAAUCGUGUCGUUAAUCCAAACCUGUAUGUAUUUGUGUACCGUGCGAAAGACGGACAGUGCGAACUAUCUUCCGUGUUUCACAUGAGAAAGAAUCGUUCGGCAGACAAUGAGACAAUUUCCAUUUCGUAUGAGCUACCCUCUCUUAACUCUGUUAAUAGCGUAUAUAGCGGUUCAACUGUUUAUGGUAGAGUUCAAAUUAGUUUAAAAUCCUAAAAUCUAUCGAACAAACGUGUAAUGUUCCGUUCCAUAAAGUCAAACUUGUGUUGCAUGCUGAAGUUAAAUCAUAUCCUGUGCCUGUUUCGUUCAUGUGCUGUUCGUGUGUUCCUUGGGUGGUCGUGUGCCUUUUCUCAAAAGCCUGUUUCAAAUGAAACUGUUAUACAUUUGCAUCACAUUACAUGACUAUAUGCUGCAUUUUGUCGGUUUUCUGUUGUUCUAAUUCGUCUCUGGAUAAAAGCAUCUGCUAAAUGUA